CCGGUAAACGGCAGUUGCAUGAGCACGAUUCAACCGCGCAGUUCGUAAUCGGGUAUAAAAAUAAUCUAUAAUAUUAUUAUAGAUUGAAGCACCAGCUUGGCGGGGGGUGCCAAAUUCCGAGGAUUGUGCUUAACUAAUAAAUCGCCUGUGAUAAUAUAGAAAAAGUGCAAUAUCAGAUAACUCUAUUUUUAUUUUUAUAAAUGCAAAAUUUAAAUAAAUGCAUGCACAGAUUUUCGUAAUAAAAAUCUGUCAGUGAAGUAAAGUUUUCUUUAAAAGUGAAUAAAAAGGAAUAUGCACAUUUAUUGUCUUCAGAUACGUGACGCGAUUGGGUUGUAAUAGAUAAUUCUUAUCGAAAUGUCGAUUACUUGAUUUAAUAGUGAUAAUUAAGGAGACGUAUAAUCUGAUACGAUCUUAUAUAAGUGGGAAAAAACGAAGGUGACAAAGAUUGCAACUACAAACAGUGCUAAAGUUAUUUAUAAUACUUUUGGCUAACAGCCAAAUGAUUAGGGCCAUAAAUGUUUGCACUAAAAUCAGUGCUCGAUGCCAGGCAACAGUUAUCGUAUCAUAAAGAUUCGAUUAUUAUUUAUUUAUUAACUUGCAACUUCAAUGUCUGCCCAAUUGGCUGAAGUUCUUUUUGGUUCUUAUCGUUGACGCAGUCUUGACCUAAGCGGAUAACGCUUAGCUAGACGUUAACGCUAAAAGCUUAAAUACCUUAAGGCCGUGAUAACAAAAAUUGGCAAUAAAAAAAAACCCCAACACAAGUGCCAUAAAGUGUUAGAAUGCGACAAUUAGUGAGUUAACUCGCUUUAAAAAACAAACAAAAGAUAAACCGUCUACGGUGCUAACAAAAAACCACAAUUAUAAUAAACUUAAAUCAACUUAAAAAAUUUUCAACUACAAAGACAACCAAAUUCAAAUUCGUAACGUACAACAAAAAAGCUUUCAGGCUGCUAAGAGAGAGAGAGCGCGAGCAGCCGAAAGCUUUGACGCGUAUAACAAAGUGACCCGCUGAACUUCCCCUGGCCCAACAACACUUCCAGCGGCAAAGAGCAAGCUACUCGUCUGAAUCUAAUUUGAGAGCAAGCGAGAGCAAAAAGCGUCGCAGAGCGCAAAAGCGAAAUGAGCGCAACGGAGUGAAUAAAAUGUGACUUGUGGCUGGCCACAUUUAAAUUCAAUGAGUACAAAUCAAUCGAAUCAAACUGAAUCAACUGAAUCUCAAACGAAAUGGAAAUGGAAAUGUGUUGAUAAGUGAGCAUUAUUUUUUUUUAUGGUGUCGAUUACGUACAACAACUACCACAUAAACAACAACAACAACAGCGGCUACAACAACCACAACAGCAGUAACAACAACAGCUGCUUUUAAAAAACCGUAUGGAGGGCACUGAAAAUGCCCGACGCUCCAGCAUCAGCAGCAGCGCUGCCAGCAGCAAUGCCGUCGCCGUUGAAUCGGAGCGUCGCAGCUGCGGCCAAUGGCUGAAGGACUGCAUCACCUCGAUAUCCGUGGAGCCCACCAUGUUCCUGUACAUGUUCGCCUUCAUGAUCACCUCCGUGGUCGAGCAGAACUUUUUUCUGCAGAAGGCGUGUCGGGUGAACAACAAUUUCACGGCGGAGAUCUGUGACAACAUCAACGACCCGAAAAACGAAGCCUACAAGAAGCAAUCGCUGGACACGACAGCCUGGUUUCAUCAAUGGGAGAACAUCUCGGCGCAUGUAUUUCCCAUUAUACUCGCUCUCUUUCUUGGCUCCUUCUCGGAUCGACGUGGUCGCAAGUUGCCGCUUCUCAUGGGACUGGUGGGCAAGUUCAUCUACUCCUCCAUGGUGGUGGUCAAUGCCAAGAUGCCCACUUGGCCGGUGGAGUACAUCAUCUACACAGCCACACUGCCAUCGGCAUUGACUGGAGCGGAUGUGGCCAUAUUUGCCUCCUGCUUUGCCUACAUAUCGGACAUAACGACGCUGCAGCAGCGCACAAUUAGGGUGACCAUACUGGAUGUAGUUUACUUGACAGCGAUGCCAACGGGAGUUGCUUUGGGUUCAUAUCUGUUCUACAAUGCCUUCGAUCAGUCCUAUGCAAAUAUGUUUGCAGUUAACGCUUCUUUGUUGGCCCUGGCAAUUAUCUACACUGUCCUGGCCCUCAAGUGGCAAACGACGCCCAAUCAGCGUUCUUUAAAGGAACUGGGUUGCUGUGGCUUCUGGGCGGACUUCUUUGACAAGCAGCAUGUGAAGGAUUCCUUCAGUGUGCUUCUCAAGCCUCGCAUGGGCCAUAGACGCAGCUUCCUGUAUAUCCUGCUGAUCAGCAUGGCACUGUACACAUUCCAGCGUGAUGAGGGCAACUAUUUGUAUCUCUACACGUUCGACAAGUUCAACUGGCAAGUGAGUUCCUACAGCACCUUCAAGACCUUCAAAUCCUCGGCCUUUGUCAUCAUGAUGCUGCUGGCGGUGCCUGUGAUGAAUAAGUUGCUCGGCUGGCGUGAUACGACCAUUAUCUUUAUUGGCACCUGGGCACAUGCCAUUGCCCGUUUGUUUUAUUACUUUGCACCUGGUCCUACAUUUUUCUAUGCUGGAGCUGUGGUCUGCAGCUUGGGUCCUAUUGUUGGUCCCAUGAUACGCUCAAUGACCUCCAAGAUUGUGCCACAAUCGGAGCGUGGCAAGGUCUUUGCCUUGCUUUCGGUCUGCGAUAAUGCGGUGCCUUUUAUCAGCGGCGUUUGCUACUCACAAAUCUAUCGUGCCACACUCCGAACUAACCAUGGAGGAGGCGUCUUUCUCCUAACCAUUGGCACCCAAAUGGCCGUCUUUGUGCUGAUUCUUUGCAUCCACAUUAUACUCGGUAGAAAUUCACUGGCCGUGCCCAUCGUGGAGGAGAAUGAUAGUGUACUGAUCAGCAGCGAGGCUGCCACAACGGAUUCCCAGCCCAGAAAAACGGAUCAAGAGUCCAAUUAAGUCCUUUUAACAAAGAACAUCACUUAUUAACGAAAAGAUGCGUUUAUGCAUAUAAAUUUACACUGCUCAACGAGAGUUAUGUACAGUCAUGAUGCCUAAAUUUUGUGAUUAUGAUAAUUAAAAAUGCUUCACAAAAAUAGUAUGUUAGAAUGCGCUGAUUGUGAUGCUAUGCUAUUGUUUAUAUAAUUGUAAACCACAUUUAUUAAUUACGAAACUAAGCACAAAGAUAUA